AUGAAACAUACUGCCAGAGUCCUUCAGUCGUUCGAGCGACAAGUUGUGCGUGCCAAGAGCACUGCAUUCAUUGGUCUUGGUCGAAUGGGCUCAGAAAUGGCCUUUAACCUCUUCUCGAAGACAUUCGCAGAGUCGCCUGAUGCCCACUUUGUCGUCUGCGACGCGUUCCCAACUAGUGCCAUCGCCUUCCGUCAGAACUUCGUGACUCAGUUCCCUGGAGCACACAUUGACAUUGUUCAAACCCCCAAAGAUGCGGUGCAUGCUUCUCAAACAGUGUUGACAAUGCUUCCAUCUUCGCCUCAGGUCAAGACCGUCUAUUCUGAAGCAAACGGGGUCAUUCCCGGAUUGCAGUCUCUUAGCGGAGCGGAGUCAGCGCAGACUUUUUUCAUCGACUCUACAACGCUAGAUGUCGGAGUCGCCCGUAGCGUUGCUGCGGAUGUGAUGAGAACAGGGGCGCAAAUGGUAGACGCACCGGUAUCAGGAGGCGUAACGGGUGCCAAAGCUGGCACGCUGUCUUUCCUUGUUGGCGGGACCGAGGGUGGUUUUGAGCUGUCGCAGCCGAUCCUGACCUAUAUGGGCAAUCGCAUUAUCCAUUGUGGCCCGUCGGGGGCUGGGCUUGGCGCCAAGAUAUGUAAUAAUCUUGUUCUUGGAGUACAACAGAUUGUCGUUGCGGAAGCAAUGUUGCUUGGGCAGAAGCUGGGUUUGAAUCCGAGGAUACUUGCAGGGGUCAUCAACAGUUCUACCGGGGGUUGCUGGGCUUCGUCAGUCAACAAUCCAGUACCGUAUUCGCUUCCCGAGAAAUCUCCUCCAUGCGAACGUAAUUACGAAGGCGGAUUUGCGACUGCUUUGAUGUUAAAGGACAUGCUUCUUGCAACCGACAUUGCGGCCUCUACCGACAGCCCCUUACCACUGGGAAAGUCCGCGCAGAAUUUCUAUGCGGAGACGUUGCAACAUCGACCAGAUCUGGCACAGAAGGACUUCUCUUCUGUGUACGAGCGCUUGGAGCAAAUGAGACGGAAGGAUUGA